AGUCCACCCGAGUCAAUCGAUCUUUUUCGGACGCAGUCUUGUUGUCUUUCAUGAAGUACAUGUACAGUGACUAAAUGACUUGUCUGUUUCUGAUAACCGUGUGUUAUUAUCAGUACAGUGGUGUUAUCAUAUCAUUUGAUCAUUGAAUAGCAAUACUAUUCAACGCUUUGACGUAAUAAGUGGUGGAUAAUAUUGGAUAACAGUGGUCAUACAAGGUGUACGUAUAGUGGAUUUUAUGUUGGACGUACGUGAGCAAUUAGGGGUUUUAUGAGAACCUUCGAAACAGAAUAUCAGACUCAGAGACUGAAAACAGGAGAAGUAAUUCUCGGAAGUUAAUUGCACGACCCAUUUCAAGCAUAAAGGAAAUUAGCAUAUCCUAGAUAAUUUCUUCAACAAGUGGUAUUUUAAUUCAAUGCAGCGCAAUCAUAUGGAUCCGGAUAAACCACGGCUGGUGGACAUAGCGAAAGGGACGGCUAACAUGGCUAAGGUCGGCGGAUCGGGACUGCCUUCACCGAGUACGUCUUACCCUUACCCGCCGAACGACUCCGGGGCCCAACCCAUUCAAUACCCCCAGGCAUCGGCUCCUCGAGAGGACCAGUGGGAUGGUUACCAAAACAUGCAUCAGUCGCAACUACAGCAAGAACACGAACAACCACAACAGCAACCUACAGUUGCACUCCCCCCACCACCUGAACAAAAGUUGGAACCACACCCACAGCAAAAUCCACCACAGGCAGCAACAUCUUUCCCGCCAUCCAUGCCCCAUCAGGCGCAGGCUCCACAACAAAACUCAGAUCCCGACCCGACGUCAGAGUCCAACCAGGGUUUGAUGUCAAAGCGACCCCCGAUUAAAGUCGAGGAAAAGUCCCUCCUCGAAGCUUACAUCCUGUGCCUCCCCCUUGGCUUUCUGGGACUGCACCACUUUUACUUGGGACGAAUAGGCAUCGGGUUCCUCUACUUCUUCACUUUCGGGGUGUUUGGGAUCGGGUGGAUCAUUGACUGGUUCAGAUUGCCAUGGCUCGUCAAGAAAACCAAUGAGAAGAGGAAAGCUGAUGCAGAGCGUGGCUACAUCCUCUACGGAGGACCAUUUGAUGAACUGUAUGAGAGGAGUCUGUGCUCCGCCUACUUGUUCUGGCUACCCCCUGUUGGUGUUUUUGGCGGUCAUCACUACUAUCUUGGUCGUUUUGGUUAUGGUAUCGUCUACAGUCUGACCAUGGGUCUCUUCGGCGUUGGUUGGCUCUUCGAUCUAUUUCGCAUAUGGAUCCUCACACGGAGAGCCAAUCAGGAUAUCCGCACUUUGCGCUCAGGACGCCCUCUGUCGUUGAACCCAAGCGAACGGAUGCACCUUGAUGAUGCCUACUCCCUUGCGUUCCCGUUGGGAUUCCUUGGACUGCAUCACUUCUAUAUGCGUCGUUGGAUGUUCGGCGUCAUUUACUUCUUGACUAUGGGUUGUAUGGGUGUAGGUUUCUUGGUAGACUUGUGUAGGAUGCCGUACUUGUUUUACAGGAACAAGGAGGAACUGAAGAACAAUGAUAAAAGAUUCCACGUGGAUGAUGCAUAUCUGAUGUGGUUUCCUCUAGGGAUCCUGGGAAUGCACCACUUCUAUCUUCACCGUUGGGGAUGGGGCUUUGCCUACUUCUUCACCUUUGGUCUAUUCGGCAUUGGUUGGCUUAUUGAUAUAUGCAGGAUCCCGAGUCUUGUCAGGGUUGCCAAUGAACGCCGAGGCAGGGAGAGUCUGCUUAGAAACCAGUACAAUACAAAUGGCUCUACGACAUGUCACUGUGAGGGCGCCGUCCACCCUGAUCAUGGCCCAGAACAGGCGACAUCAUACCAGUCCAUCCCGGAGACACCCGGACAAGGUACCAUGUUGGUAUAUGCAUUCCCGCUCGAUCAGUACGGACACCCCGUCUGGUCGGAAAGGUCAAUCUGGACACAGGACGCAAGCGGUAGAACCGACCCCAGUUCAACGAUUCCGACGCAUUGGCAACCAGGGGCGGACGGUCCAGGACCAACCGAACCGCCACCACCCUACACACCGAGUAAUAGUACAACAAGCUAGUAUAGCAUGAUGAAAUAAGUUUCUUCAUAGACAAAAACCAACUUGACACUCUUGACAACACUUGGUGAAACUUGAGUUAAAGAUAAAUUCCAGUUUUGGUAACGAUCUAAAAAUGACUUUUUACAGAAUCUAAUAUAAUGACCACCUAAGUGUCUGUUUGUAUGAAUAAAAAAUAUGUGCCAAAGGAUUCUGGAAGAAAUUGUGUAAUUGCUGAGAAAUAAGCAAAAUAAGCGCGGAUUCGGUCACUUCCGUCGGGUCUUUAUUUUAGCAAUAAUAAUACACUGUCCCACGUGUGCCUAUCUGUGUUGGUGAUCUUCAGUGUGAACAUUUUUCAGCGUAGAUUUCAAGAUUUCACAAAGUUCAGUUUAUGUAACUGUACCUGAUCUAGAUCCUCGAUGAUAUACUGACAAUUAAGCCUUGUUUUACAGACUUUCUCAUGAAAUCAGUGUUUACUGCAAAUACUGGAAUUUCUCUUUAAUGCCUCCUCCGGAACAUACAGACAAAGGCAUAUAUUGAAACGAAAUCUAGAGACGAAAGACGGAUAACAGAACAAGCCAAUGUGUGUGAUAGCCAGGUGGGUGUUGGUAAGAACUAGUCUUCAGGCACAGACCCUGAUUGAAACUUUGAUCAACAAGUGUGUCUCCACGCAAAGACUAGCACAUACAUAACUUGCUGAGGGCCUUCAGUACACAAGGCAUGAGGCUGCAAUUCAGACCCUUUACUCGAGUGAAGGGUUUGCACAGCAGACUAGGUAAGAAUUAACUACGGUGUGUAUUUAGUAUAAGUAGUUUCGACCAGCGAGAAAGAGAGAGAGAGAGAGAUUGUGGGAGAGAUGGUGAGAGAACGAGAAGGGUUAAAGAGAUUGAGAGACGGAUGGUGGGAGCAAGAAAAGGGGUAAAGAGAGUUACAGAAAGAGAUGGGAUGAAACUGAAUUGGAAAGGAGUUACAGGGGCAUGUACAAAUGUCAUUAAGAUAAUAUUACCCGGACUUUAAUAAUCAUGUUUUGCAAGUGUGUUAUAUAACAUAACUUUAAGCUGUAGAUAGCAAAUAUAGUGUGUACUUUCAUAAGAUUAGUCAAUAUUUACUUAUGUAUCUAAGUACUUAAAAUGAACUUCAAACGGGUGAUAUGUCAACAUGAUUGUGUUGACAUAGAGUGGUCUAGAUUAGAGUUAGUAUACAAUGCAGACUGCUCCACCAUCUUGUUUGAGAGGGGGUGGGGUCGCAGAACUAAAAGUGUUUUUAUGUGCCUCUUGGUUUAUUUGCGAGGUAUUUUUUUUUUCAUUUUAAAAAUAAUAACUUUCUUUUAAGGAGAACGACUUGCCUAAAUAAUGAAGAAAUGGUAGCACAAAUGUGCCAUGUUCAACGAGAAGGGUGAAAAUGAUAAAGCACUAUAGUAUUUAAAUGAUCGUACAAAGGUAGAACGUAAUACGUCGAAGGAUUACCCAUUACACGGGCCGCGGAACGGGGGGGGGGGGGGGCUGGCUUCAGCCCCACUGUUUUCCAAAAUGCACCUGCAUUAUGGCUUGUACUCAUUGCAAGUCGAGUAAUUUAAAGUGACUUAAUAAAGGGGCGAAGGUUUUUUUUAAAGUUCUAUUCGUAAUGAUUGCAGAUUUUGAUCCCCCUCCCCACAGUAAAAAAAAUUCAUCCACAUUGUGAACAGGAUUGAUCGCAUAGGCCCGUAUUCUGAAGUCAGGUUUAACUUAGACCAGUACGGUCUAACUCUGUGCUAAAAUUAUGGGAAGCCAAAAGUGUCAACAAUUUUAUUAAGUUGUAUGUUUAUUAUGUUUACUGUGCUCUUUCCUGAUUCAUCGAUGGUGAAGACAAUUAUCUUUUUAUACUUCCUAGACAAUUAUGAGUGAUUGGAGAGCCAAAUGAGCUGAAAUAUGAUAUCUCUACUGUUAAUGAUUUAUGUAACAACUGGCUAUCCAUACUUAGACCACAACUUUAAACCUGAGUUUAAGUUAAACACGACUUCAGAAUACGGGCCAUAGGGUUGAUUUAUUUUUGUUCUUGUUUUACUCUAUUGCUGACUCCAUUGUUAAUUAUGUACAAGCAAUCAUUAAAAAUCAUCUUCACAAUCAAUUGCUAACCCCUCUUUUACGAUUCCCGGGUUUCUCGAUCGAAAAAUGGGAGGAAACAGCAAAGGAAGCAUGCAAUUUAUUAUUUUACAUUUUAUCAUAUAUUAUUAUAUACAUUUAAAUUCUGUUUUCAAAGAAUGUGAAAAUAAGGAUUGGCUGUAUACUUAAUGUGUUAAAUAAUCAUUGCUGUAAAUUAUUCUCUUCCAAGAUACUUUUUAUAUAUGUAUGAUAAUUGAUUGCGAUUAAAACAAAAUAAGAGAAAGAUAAUGAUAUUAUUUUCAGCCUGGGUCCUGGAGUACUCCGUUUAAUUCGUCGUAUACCGAUAAGUACCGGUAUUUAAGAUGAGGUUGAUUAUAAAGAAUGAUGGUCGUAAUUCGUCACAACUCUUUCAGUAUCGGUCAAAUAAAUGAUAUAUUACAUGCA